AACAGGCCAAGCCAAUUCAGACCCAGUACUAGCGCUAGCUUUCUUUUUUCAAACCCAUUUUUCUUUUCAAAAUCAUCAUAAACCAUUAAUUAAAAAUGGGUUUGAAAAUGAAUCUCCCCACGAUUGCUUUGUUCUUGUUGUUGGCUGCAGCAUCCGCUGCCGGUGCUAACAUUAAUAUCAGAAAGUACGGAGCCCAGGUUAAUUCAGAUAUCACCCCGGCUUUGACAAAAGCUUGGAAAGAUGCGUGUCAAACACCGGGUACGAACACAGUGGUGAUCCCAAAAGGGACGUACAGGUUGGGAGCAGUGCAGUUUAUGGGUCCAUGCAAGGGUCAUAUCGAGCUUCAGGUUCGAGGCAUUUUAUUAGCCCCAGGCGACCGAGGUUACUUCAAGUCUGGUAGUUGGGUCAAUUUUCAGAGGAUCGAUGGCUUCACUUUGUCUGGCGGUGGAACUUUUGAUGCCAAAGGCAAACACGUUUGGGGAAAAAGAUCUUGUUCCGGUAUUAGAUACUGCGGCGACCUUCCCAUUAGCUUAAGGUUCGAUUUCAUCACCAAUGGAUUGAUCAAGGACAUAACAUCAUUGGAUAGCAAACAGUUCCACAUUAAUUUGUUGGGCUGCAAAAACGUUACCUUCCAAAACGUAAAUGUCAUAGCACCCGAUCAUAGUCCCAACACAGAUGGAAUCCAUAUUGGGCGGUCAACUGGAAUCAAGAUUAUUGAUACAAAGAUUGCAACCGGUGAUGAUUGUAUCUCUCUUGGUGACGGCAGUGAGAAUAUACUUAUCAAGGGAGUAACUUGCGGGCCUGGCCAUGGUAUCAGCGUAGGAAGUCUUGGUAAGUACAAAAAUGAAGCGCCUGUAGUUGGAGUCAACGUUGUUAACUGCACAUUCAUAAAUACACAAAAUGGCGUGAGAAUCAAGACCUGGCCUAACUCCUUUGCCGGGACUGCUUCUGACAUGCGUUUCGAGAAUCUCCUCAUGAAGAAUGUAAGCACCUCUAUGCUCAUAGAUCAACUAUACUGCCCAUGGAAUCAAUGCAAAGCGCAGAUUCCUUCAAAGGUUAAGAUCAGCAACAUUAGCUUCAAGAACAUACGAGGAACAGCUAGCACAAAGGAUGUGAUCAAACUACUUUGUAGCAAGUCGUUUCCAUGUCAAGAUGUGAAGGUCACUGACAUCGACAUCAGAUACAGUGGAAGAGACGGGCCGGCUACUUUCCAAUGCGUUAAUAUCAAACCCACCACCAGUGGCAGACUGUAUCCUCCACCUUGCAGUUCUCACUAAUUAAGUUUUUUUUUUUUAUAUUUUUCGCUGUCGUUGCUUUCUUUACAACGCUAGCUCGAUGUAGUCUACACUCGUGAUUUCUUUGAAAUAAAAAUUAUAGCAGUGACUGGAUCCAGAGAAAGACUGGAUGGUGGAAUAGCAAGCUUAAAAUGGCAAUUACUUUUUCCAAAUGUAACUAUACAGCACCUUACAAACUCA